ACGAUGAGGACGACGGGGAUGGAGAGAUGGAUGCAAUCUCGCCGGAACCGCCGGAGACACCGCCGUCGCCGACGCCUUCCGAUCUGGUAUGUGAAUUUUUCAAUGUAGGGUACGAUGAGGAGGAGGUGGCAACAACUCUAGACAGAGUACUGCCCCCUGAUGAUCCAGCAAGGAUUGGACUACACGCGGGGGAGAAGAAAGAAAUGAUCCGGCGAGUCGUUCAUCGGAGGACGGCGGCGUCGGCGAUCCGGCCAUGGAAAGGUCCCCUCCCUAAGGUUAUUUUCCGAGCUACGGCCGUGAUCCGUUCAUGGUCGCUACUCACUCCGAUGGAGGCCAGGGAGCGUUUGGUUACUGGAUCUAUCCGCUGGGAGAUGGUAGCUCGGGAUAUCUUCAACCGGUUUGGAUGGCGGUCAUGUAAUAGGAUAGGCAAUUAGUUUCCCUAUCUAUCUUUAGCCAGCCGGUUGUGGCGUAUUUAUCUUGGCUAGUCUGUGUGCUUAGCCUCUUUUAGCUCUGUGUGAGCUGUCUUUUUAUUACUUUUCAGUCCGAGACUUUGGAACCUUGUUGGAACCUUUUAUUUUGGUAAUAAGAUGGCCGUAUGCAUCAUUCUGAUGCAGAGGCCGGGGA